AUGUAGCAGAUCAAUCAUGUCUUCUAUCAAUUUAGCAAAGUUAACCUUCCAAAAACGAUAGGAGUAUUAGGAUAUGGAGCAAUUGGAAAAGCCUUUACAGAAGUAUUGUUAAAGUAACAUCCAGGUAAAGUUCCUUGUUAUUUUGGUUAGAGGCAAAUGUCGUCGCUCUUGACAAGUACGAAGCAUUUUUUCCAAAUGAGAAAAGGUUUAAGACUAUAAUUUAAAAACGAACUCGAGAUAACUUAACACAUACUUUAGAUGUUAUGGGGUAUUUCUCAAUUAUAUCCUUUUAAUAUAGGUUAAAAGAAGGAGAUACUCUAGUUGACUUAUCGACAAAUAUUGAAUUUUAGGAGAUUUGGGCACUUUGUGCAAAAAAAGGUGUUCGAUAUCUGAACACUGCUUUGGAGGUAUGGGAAGACAGCGAGGAUGCUAAUUCAUGUCCUGAGAAUGAAGACGAAGCAUAUAAAUUGACACUAGGAUAUAUCAAGGACAAUGCUAUGAAAUCUCCAUUUUGGUCAAAAGUAAAAUGUUAAAUUAACUUAGGGACCUACUGCUUUAUUAGAAACAGGAUUUAAUCCAGGAGUGGUAUCUCAUUGUGUAAAACGAGGUUUGGAGGAUUGUGGAAAGUAUUAUCUAGAGAAUCCUCAGAAAGAUCAUGAUUUAGGCAAUUUAAGAAAAUAUUUGAAAGAAAAAAAUCAUUCUAAAUUAGCACAAGUACUUGGAGUACAUACAAUACAUUGCUCUGAAACUGACAAUUAAAUAAUGGCUGAAAUACCAAAAGAUGCCAAGACGAAAUUCUAUAAUACAUGGUCAUGCAGAGGAUUUCUUACUGAAGGACUUGUCCCUAUUUAAGUAGCCAGAGGUUCACACGAAGAUACGAAAAUACCUAAUUGUUACACAAUAAGGGAAGGUAAGACGAUUGUUUCAAGAAUACCAUCUGUGAAAACAUGGGCAAAGAGUUGGGUACCCAAUUAAGAUAUUACAGGUAAUUUCAUUAUUAUUUAAGAUUAGGGGUUUUGAUUCCUCAUGGCGAAGCUUAUUCUAUAUAAGAUUAUUUGAGUGAUCCAGAGACAGGUUACUCACCAUCUUAAUAUUAUGUUUAUGAUUAUAAUCCUUUGGCCAAAGAAUUCAUCUAGAAUUUACCCUCUAAUGCCACUAUAGACAAUACUCAUCCAGAAAUGGAAGUUAUUCAUCCAAUGAAUCACACUUCAUUGAAAGGCUGGGAUAAGGUUGGAGCACUCUUGAUUAUGAAAAAUAAUAGAGCUUGGUGGACUGGAAGUAUUAUGGAUGAAAUUGAUUGCUCUAAUAUUUAUAAUGGAAUGUUUGGCCCAACUGUCUUAUAGGUUGUGGCAGGAGUUUAUGGAGGAUUUUUGUGGACUUGUUAGCAUCCGAAUAUUGGAGCCCAUUUCUCUGAAGAUGUUGAAACUGAUGAUCUUAUUCGAAUUGUAAGAAUCUUUUUUUUACUAUUUCUAGGGUGAACAUCUAAUGGGUAGAUUUAUAUCCAUCCCAGUUGAUUUGACCAACACUAAAAUUAAGGAUUGCUAUAAAUUGCAAAGUUUUCUAUGCCAAUAAAUUUGA